CUGUGUGCCAGACAGACGGACAGCAGGACGGGCUCACAGCUGCCUCUCAGGCCACCACACCAUGGAGGCUCUCCACAUGCACCUCUUUGAAGAUUCAGGGGCGACGACCGGGACUCAGGAAAGAAGCUCGGAGCAAGGCGACACGGGAAUGGAGGCCUCCUCUCCCACGGGUUCCACCACCGAGGAGGAAACGGACGAGGACUCAGAACCAGAGCCCCCGCCGAUCAUUCGCAGGAAGGUGUCAUUCGCCGACGCUUUUGGCCUCAACCUGGUUUCCGUUAAGGAGUUCGACAACGUAGACGUGACCGAGUCAGAGGUCAGCUGGACGAAGCGGCGGGAGGUGACCCGCUUGGCAGACGAGUUUUAUCUGUCUUGUUUGUUCGCGGUGCCGUCGUCCCCGGAGGAGCUGGACCGGAAGCUGCACGCGCAGAUGAUCGAACUGGAGAGCAUAGAGCUCCUACCUGGAACCUCCACCCUCCGCGGCAUCGUCCGGGUGCUCAACCUCUGCUACUGCAAGAGCGUCUACGCCCGGAUGAGCCUGGAUCGCUGGAGGAGCUACUUCGACCUGCUGGCAGAGUACAUCCCCGGGUCCAGCGACAGGAAGACAGACAAGUUUGCCUUCAUGUACACUCUGGUUCCUCCCUUUGAGACCGGCGGCACCAGAAUGGAGUUUUGCCUUCGCUACGAGACUCCUCAGGGCACGUUCUGGGCCAACAACAGCGACAUGAACUACGUGCUGUUCUGCCACCAAAAGGGCCAAACGAGCGUGGCCCAAACGGACGAGGAGAGCAUCAGCUACAGGAGCAAGAGGAGCUGCCUCAAAGCCAACAGGAAUGAAGACGCAGAGGAAAAGAACAAAGAGGUAUUUAACGCCAGUAUAUUGGCUGCAGAAGAGGAGGGAGCGCUUAAGAUGACAAACUCUGCAGAGACGCUGCUUCACAAACAGGAACACCAACCUCGGGUAGAAACCGUGAAAAGCAGACGCAGAGCGACACGUUUGGCUCGCGUGAAGGACUACCUCUCCAAGACGAUGCGGCAACAAGUAAAUGACUCCGCCCACGAUCGAGGGGCUUCCCAGCCCACGCCAGCUCCUUGGGCCGACUCUGGCGGCAUUCAUUAUGAACGCCAAACGAUGCAAUCGAGUGAGAGUCUUCAGGUGCUCACCUACCACCAGAUUCCUUUGCUUCCAUUAGACUGGAACAAUGAAGCACCUCCGAGGUGUGAGACUGCUGGCGCAGAUGACAUCUGGGCUGCGAGGCCUCAAACGACUUUGUCAAACUCGUCAGAAGAAAAGCUCAUUAACGAUACGUGGGAAACUACAGACGAAGCCAGCAGCAAAGAAAGCUCGGUGAGUGACGUAUGGCAGGCUUUUCUUAAUGGGCCCAGCUGCGAGGACCACUCGGAUGUUUCAGAGUCAGAAUGGCUCCAGACAGCAGCGUUGGUUUCUCCCUCAAACGGUAGGGAGCCACAAACUCAAUAUUCAGCAGAAAGUCGAGAGUUUCAAGAUACGACUGCUGUCUCACACACCUUAGCCGCUUGUCAGCCACUGUCAGACACUUGUGAGCCGUUGUCGGCGGUUGUUGCCUUGAACACUAAAGAUCACCAGCCGGAGGAAGCAUGUGUCAGCAGCUCAGGAGAUGAUAACGCAGCAACUCAAGCCGCAUCCCAAAGGUCACAGACGAACUCUGUAACAGGCACUCCACUGGAAUUUAGCCUUGAGAGGGCGCCGCUUGUGUCCGGGGACUCUGACAGCCCGACUGAGUGUCACGAGCAGGAGGUGUGGGAGCGAGAAUGUGGAAGAAUAAUAGCAGCAGGAAUAGGAGGAGGCGAACCCUUCACUUUGCACACAGCUGACUUGGUAACAAGCUCAAGGGAGUCUGAGACAACAGACAUGAUGGCAAUGCCCGAGUCUCACAAUGGCAACCCCGGUGAUAUGAUCUCAGAAGGAGCAAGGCAGGAUGAAGGUCUUUCUUCCAGCGGGGAGGUUGCAGCCACUGCAGACAAUGCAGGGGAUGACAUUCUGUUAUUUAGGGAGACAAUCGAACAGGAGACAAAGGAUGUGGAGAGAAAUGUCUUUUCUGCAUCCACACAGGAAGUGGAGGAGGAAAUUACCAUUAGUUAUAUGGAAAAUAAAGAGUUCUUUAGGUCAGAGAAAGCCAAGGAUAAGCUAGAAAACCAAGAGGCAGGACUUGUGCAAAUGGAGAAAAGGUUAAGUCUGGAGGCCCGUGGUACACGUGGCCAAAACGAGGACGUAGCGUUGGAAGUAAUGGAGGAACGCGCUGAUCUGAAAUCUGGAACAGGCGAACACGUAUUUGAGUCAAAUAUGACAGAAGACGAAAACAGGUCGAGUUGUGAUGGAAAAGCAACGGAGAAAAAGGAAAUGAGCCCUCCGAAACUGUUUAGACCUGUAGAAGAUACAAUGGAAUCGAAAAAGAUUUUACAAAUUGGCCAUAAUUUGCCAAGACUUGGUCCCAUAGAUAAAUGCAACCCAAAGCCCUUGGAGGAGGCCGAAUUGAAAUGGACGUGCUCCCAGCGAGACUUGAAGACCCAAAAUGACCACUUAAGUAGUGAAAUAAGCCCAGAAGAUGUUAAGGCACAGAAGAACGCUCCAAAGAGAGAUACUUCAACAGAACACCACAAUGAAACAUCAGGUGGAACAGAAGAUGAUCUGAGUCAGGAAGAUAAGAGCGUUGCCAUUGGAAAGCUGAAAAUGGAGGCAAUGAGAGAGAUGAUGGGUAAUGCAGAGGGUCAUCAGAUGAAUGCAUGGAAAGAACAAGAACUGUCAGCAGAAGUUGAGAGCUCUCCAACUGGUGAAUGUAAAAAACCAUCACUCGGAACAAAAGACCCCAUUACAGCUGUAAAUAGUGCAGUGCCUGAAGUGGCGGAGCUGAGAAUGGAGCGGAUGGUUAUAGAAAGGUUUGGAGAAGAUUUGGUGAGUAAGAUCUGGGAAGACAUCUUUGUUCGAGAGGUCCAAACUUCCAAUGGGCGAACGAAUACUGUGGAUGAAAUGAGAAACGUUGUAACAGACGCUGUGCAGGGCUGCCAUUUUUUUUUCAAAGAAGGCACUUUGGAUUCGGGCGUGUUUUCUCUGACAGAACUACCAACAGAUUUGAAUUUAAGUCUGGGUCGAGCAGUGGAGCGAACCUGGACUGAGAGCAACGAGUGCUCCGCGCAAGACAAAAGUCAAGACCUUGAGGCGACACGGAAAACUCUCAUUCUCAACGAUUUACGAACCAGUUUGGGUUCAAGUCGGGAUCUCACAACCACUUUAGCUGCUCAGGUUGGUGAGCCGUUGUUUCAGUCGACCCAGGCUCCCUCCUCACCAACAGAUCAAGGAAACUGCUCCCAAAUUAAAGCCAGAUUAGACAUGGGACAGGAGACAGAAAGUCAAACAGAAGACUGUGUAUCGACUUGCAAAAAGAGCUCAGAUCGACCGUCCAACUGCUCCAACAAACACCUGAGCUCCUCGGAGAAAUUAAAGGAGUCCGAUGCCCUUUUAUGGUGGACUGUAUUAUACACCAUCAGCCACUUAACUAGACUUCUAAUCUGCACACUCAUGGUCGGUGGCUUUUUCUUUGUGGUCUUCCUCUAUGAUUUCCCAGCAUUCUUUGCUUUUUACUUAUUUUCCAUGUGUUGGUGGGUUUACACGUGGAAGAGGCACAGGGUGACGGCGGACAACCGUUUAACAGGAUAGGCUCGAUGUCGUCGCGUUUUGAAACACCGGUCACCAGCGAGAUCACGGUUAAUUUACACACUUUGCUGUAAGUGUGUGUGUUUGUGUGUGUGUGAUUGUAACUUAAAACCUCCUCAGAGCCAUUUCCUCUCAAGGGGACAUUGGCUUCCCUGCAUCGUAUUGUUAUUUUGUUCAUUUUUAGCACUUGCUUUAAUCAAAAAUACACAUUUUUAACAUCA